UCUUCUGUAUUCUUCUACGUCUAAAGAGAUUUAUAUCAUAUUAUCAAAAGAAUUUGAAGCAAAAAAUAAAGAAAUUGAAAAUGUCUGAAAGGGAAGACAAUUCAGGGCUUCUUGAUCAUCUACUGGAAAAGAAUGAAAUCUACGAUAAUUUUCAAGAUAAUGCUGAAAAUUCAAGUACUGGUUUUCUACAAACCAAAGACUCCAAAGGUGAGUCUCCUGUUGCACAUUGCGUCAUGGGAACGGCGUGGGUUUAUAGAGAUGAAAAUGGAAAACAGAUUUUUGAAAAGCAAUUAACUGAAGAUGACAUUACUAGUGAUCACUUACAGAUUCCCAAGAGAAUGGCGAAUUAUAUACAGAGUCUGGAAUUACAACGCGCUGAUCCUGGAGAAAAAUACUGGGAAAUGGAUUUACAAUUGGAUAAUUGGGGCGAUCGUGAAUGUCAAUUCACUGGACAGUGGAAGGAAUUUGUCAAUGAAAAUAAGUUGAAAGCUAAAGAUUUGGUGGUAAUUGAGAUUUUUAAUAACGAAAAGCGACUUAAAAUUGGAUGCAGUUCAGACCAAAAAGCUAUUAACUUGAACAAUCCUGUAUUCCUCAGGCGUUUGUCUAGAGCUGAUGUUAAAGGACUAUAUGUAAAAAAGUUGCGCGAACAAUAUUCCUAUGAUGGUAAUACUGGAUUAAUAGAGAUAGAACCAGUUAUUGAGAUGAAAUUAUGUUCUGAUAUUGUGUACAGAUAUGGUGGUACUAAUGGUGUAAUGUUCAUACAAUUACCAAAGAAAGAAGUAGACAAAAAAAUGGGUCGCGAUCUUUCUCUUCCUGCAGUUGGCGGAGAAAUAGCGCUACCUUUAUUUGAUCCAGUGGGAAACAAUGUAGUGGAGAUGAAAUUGGUGCAUACUGAGAAGGAUGAAUAUCAUGUUGGAGGAGAAUGGGAAAUAUAUGCUGCUAAAUAUGACUUAUUAAUGUCCGAUACCAUUUUUCUUGACAAGGUAACUGUACAUCGCGAUCAUGAUCAUGAUCAUGAUCAUGAGCUGAAUAAUCCAACUACUGCAAAAUUUUCCUAUCAUUAUGAAAUCACAUACCAGAGACGACGAGGGACGAGUGAUCAGAGCAGUUUGGCAGCUGCAGCUGCUACUGUACUUGAUAAUAAUAUCAAGGAUAACGGCGUUAAUUCUUGUAUAAUGUUGUAGCUGGUAAUGUGACUAAUGUCAGUACCUUGAUUUUCCUGCUAACUAACAGAAGAACAUUAUGUGAUUCUAAUACUUUAGUAGUAUUAUGUGCUGUUAUAUGUCUUGCUCAAUUAUUUGUUUUGUCUGAAUGUCAAACGUC